GCAAUUAUUGUUGGACUACAGCAAGAGUAUCUUGGUCUGGGUUAGGCAGCAAUCCAGUACACACUUCCCUGGGCAUAACUCCCAUUGAACCCAAUGGUACUUACUUCUGAGUAGACAUGUAUUAGAUUGCAGCCUUAGGCUGUUACCUAUUGACAUCGGCCCCAUCUUUAAAAAAAUGGGUGGGUGGGAAAAGGGGUGACUGGAAUUGUAUUCAACUUUUAAUCUAGAUUGCUACCAGGCAUAAUUCAACAGGCAAAGCUUUUAGUCACUGUAUUUGUAUAUUGUGGGAGAAUUUGCAAGUCUGCUAUCAGUUAUGCCAUUGUUAAAUGUAUAGGAGCUCUGUCAGAAAAAGUGGCAGUCCAGUUAACUGGAAUUAAGUCUUGCUUUAGUAGGUUUAUCUUUGAAACUAAGCACUCUACUGGGUUAAAGAUUUCACAAAUUUGCCAUCUGAACUAGUGUCAUAAAACACAAGAUCCCAUUAAAGGCCUAAAUUUUACUUGCUUUAGUCCAAAUGUAUUGGUUUCAAACAUCAGGGAAACUGAACAGCCCAAUUACAAAUAAUACUUAAUGGGAGAGCUUUCCUUUCUAAUUAGCUUUGCUGUGUAAUCAAAACCAGCUCAACAGCUGACAACAGCAUAAAAGCACUUUGCUAACAGGGUGGAGUGGAUUGAUGCAGGUGUUUGAGUAAACUGGUUUUGGUAUCUUAUCUGAUGGAACAAAUGGGUGCCCAACUUAAGGAGGAACUUAAGGAAAUUAAGGAACCUAAGGAGAAGGCUAAGAAAGCCAAAUCCAUACACUUCCAGGAGCCUGGAUCAAAAACUCAGGACAGACCGGAUCCUAGUUUCUUCCGAGAUAUACUUGCUGUACGGACUUCCAUUCGAGAAGACAAAUCACCCAGACCGCUGAAGCGAGGACAGAAUGAAUUGAUUACUCUAGAAGAUGUUAAGUAUGCUGCUCUGUUUUUGGCUCAUGAAGACGACUCCUUUCACAUCCAUUCUUUCUCUUUAGUUAUGAGGUGUAAGCAGCUAGAUGAUUUCCUCAUGGCUCUGCUGUACUAUAUAUGUUUUUAUUUGGAAAAGUUAGCCUUGGAGAUGAAGCCCAAAUCUUUUAUGGGAAAGCCCAGCGUCCUGGAAAGGAAAGAAAUGAAGGAGAACCAAAUAAAGCUAGCAGUGACCAAAAAGCACCUUGCCGAGAUGUACUGCAUCCUUAUCCUUGGACUGGGAAUGUCUGAUCAGCAUCACAUGGCUUGUGGAAAGAAGAAAAUCUCAAUGACACAGAAAGACAGGGAAUUCUUUGAGUGCUUGUACAACUUCUCCUCCUAUGUGGCGUUUGUGACAUUCCGACAGAAGAAUCUCAAGGAAAUCCAGCGGGAGGUUGGCCGGCUGCUCCGCUCAGACAUAUUCAACCCUGCUCUGAGAGAGAGAACCACACCCACUGAGGGACUGAAAACAGACGUGACCAAGGAGGUGAAGAAAGUCACUUUCUCCUAUCGCAAGAGUACAGAUGUGAGGCAGCCAGCUAUCAGAAGCGUCAUGGACCAGCGAUCCCCGGUGCUUAGCACUUUGCUGCCUAUGCCUAAAGACAGCGCUCAGUACCUUUUCCAGGACCACUACCUCCAUCCCGGAAAAACUGACCCAGGCUACAGUCCUGAAGAGCUGCCAGACUUUUCUUCUGUUGUGUUGGAAUCCAACAGGAUUGGCAUUAUUGGAUGUCCACGCAGCAAAUUUAUUCCCCAUACGCUUCAGCCUGUCGGGACCCAGGACGGUGAGAAAGAAGAAGAUGAAAGCGUAAGAUCAAGGACGAGCGCCUCUUCAGUUCUUUCCCGGGAACUGACUGGCUCCCUGAGGGGUGCUCUGGGCAGUGCAAGCUACCCUUCUGUGGCACCUUCGAGGGCUACCACUGAAGGAGACUAUGUGGAGAAUCUCCAGUAGCAUAAUACGCUAGCAUUAAGGUUAAGUGUUCU